GGGGCACGAUGGCAGCAGAUGAAUGGUUAGACGCUCACUUGUGAUAUCUUGAGGAUCUCUGGCUGUGUUAAUUUGGCUUACAGUAGAACCCAGACUUUGAAAAACGGAGGAAAGCAGUAGAUGCGAGGCGAUGGAUGUGAGGGUAGCCCACUGCCUGCUCCUUUGGGCUGUGCACUUCUUCCCAGCCAUGCCGCACACAGCUCUUGGGGUUCUCAUUAAGGAAUCAAAGGCUGGUAAUCAGCAAGGUGGCUGUACAAAUCUUAAUCCCUGCAAAGAUAACGGAGCUAUUUGUAUUCAGCCUUGUUCUCCCUCCUUCCAUGGGGAGACAAGCUUUGUCUGUGAAGACAGAAAGUGGCAAAUGUUCACAGACGCCUGUGCAAGCCUGGAUGUUCAGUCCCUUUUUCAGAGGAUUUCUGAACGUGAACUCCUUCCAAGCUCUGAAGGACAUGUUAGUGUUGCUGGGGAACAUCUUCCUUUUGUAGGGGGAGGAAAGCCUGGAGAUGGAGCAAAAUAUUUUGGUGCUGAUGACCAUGGGAAUAGUAACUGCCAAGCUGAUUUUUCAUGCAUCAUCCCAGAUAUCCUGUCUUCACCAGCCAUUCCAGGAAACAUUGCUGAUAUAGUGGAAUUGCUAAAGAAGAUUUCCCUGCUGUUAUCAGAGAAUGUCAAUAGAGAAAAAAUGCAGAGCUACAGCAGGAUAGCAAACCAUAUUCUAAACAGCUCUACCAUUUCCAACUGGGCUUUUGUAAAGGACAGAAAUGCUGGUUCGGUGUUACUAGACUCUGUGAAUUUAUUUGCUGGGAAACUUCUUCUAAGGAAUGGAUCAGAAAGUAUACAGGAGCACUUCAUCUCUACAAAAGGCUACAGCAUACAUAAAAAUACUUCAAGAAAGAGCUUUGAUUUUUCUAUGGAUUUCAAUAAUACAGGCAGGAUCACUGGGCGCGUAGUCAUUCCAGAAGAAGAGCUUUUGAAGUUACCCAAGACUUCCAAAGCCAUCAGCAUUGCAUUUCCAACACUUGGAGCCAUUAUAGAAACCAACCAGUUGGACCCUGUUUUUGUGAAUGGAAUGGUGUUAUCGGUGUCUCUGCCAGAAGAGCUCCAGCAUAUUUUGCUCACUUUCGAAAAGGUCAAUAAACUGAAGAACAUCAAGGCUCAGUGUGUUGGGUGGCACUCUACUGAAAGAAGAUGGGAUAACAGGGCAUGCAAAAUGAAGUUGGAGGAUAUCAGCAGAGUUGUUUGCAUCUGCAGGCAUCACCGUCGGACAUUCAAAUCCUUCUCCAUUUUGAUGUCCCCUACCAUGCUGCGAAAUGCAGUGCUGGAUUACAUUACACGUGUAGGGUUAGGCCUUUCCAUUUUCAGCUUGGCUCUCUGUCUUAUCAUCGAGACUGUUGUCUGGCAUCAUGUUACAAAAACUGAAAUAACCUACAUGCGCCACUUCUGUUUGGUCAAUAUUGCUACAUCGCUUCUCAUUGCUGAUGUUUUGUUCAUCUUAGCAGCUAUUGUGCACCAUACAGCCCUAAACUACCAGUUGUGUGUAGCAGCCACUUUUUUCCUUCACUUUUUCUAUCUUGCCUUGUUUUUUUGGAUGUUCACCCUGGGCCUCUUGAUUCUCUAUGGAUUAUUAUUAAUUUUUUUUAAGAUAUCAAGAUCUGUAUUCAUAGCUACAGCAUUCUCUAUUGGAUAUGGAUGUCCCUUGGUCAUAUCUAUCCUCACUGUUGCUAUUACUGAACCAAAAAAUGGGUAUUUAAGGAGUGGAGCCUGCUGGCUCAAUUGGUAUGAGACAAAAGCCCUUUUGGCCUUUGUUGUACCUGCUCUUAGCAUCAUUGUUGUAAAUGUGGUGGUGGUGGUGGUGGUUGUGGUGAAGACCGGGAGAUCUUCUGUUGGAGAAGGCUGCAAGUCACAAGAUUUAAGCAACAUGAUCCGAAUUAGCAAAAAUGUGGCCCUUCUGACACCUCUUCUGGGUCUCACCUGGGGGUUUGGAUUAGCCACAAUUGUCGACAGUCGCUCUCUGGCAUUCCAUGUUACUUUUGCGCUACUGAACGCCUUCCAGGGAUUCUUCAUCCUGUUGUUUGGGACACUCCUGGACAGAAAGACAAGAGAAGCCUUAAGGAUGAGCUGCCUUUCAUCAAAGCGGAAGUGUAGUCUAGCAAAGUCCUAAAAGUGGACAGUUGCCUUCGGUGGAUCUGACCAGUGAGAGGAAAAGGAGCACUUCUUACACAGAAAUCCUGGUUUGAGAUGAGCCAAAGUGGCUGACCAGCUCGAAGUGUGGACAGCACCAACUUGGAGCGUGACCAUGGAAGCAUCAUGAAAACCAGAAGAGAAAAAACCCUGAACCUGCUGUCAGGAACAGGAAACUAUCAGUGUUGCUGCAACUCUUGGAGGAGACACUGAUAUGUGAAGGUUGUUUCUUACAUUCAAAAACUGCUGUGAGGAGAGUUUGUCCUUGUUUGCCAUUUCAGUGCUUCAUUUUUUUUUUUUUUUUUUUUCAUAUCAGUGCAAUAUGGAGCUGUACAGCAUGUGGAGCUGUUCUAAAAUUAUUUAAUUUUUAGAGUGAUGUACAAAUGUUGAGCGUUAUCUAGCUGGUUUUUGGCUGCCUUUGAUCAAAAGUGAUUCUAUUAGGUGGCACUGUAUUUGUAUUCAUCAUUUCCAUUUGUCCUCCCUGACUGAUGGACAAUGUAAUGCUAUUUCUGCCUUACAGUUGUUCUUUCCAUCUCAGUACUUAUAUGUCAGAGGAAUUGUACAAAGCCCUGUUUUGAUCUGUCAGGACAGAGUUUUCAUUCUUUUUCCAGUCCUGCAAGACGAUGACAGAGAUAAACAGGAAAGAGCACUUUACAAAUAAUUAGUUUUCAUUUUGAGAUGUAGAAAGCAAGCUUUGAAUGUGCUUCAGAGUUGAAUCAAGUGGAUGGAGAUCUCCCGUCUCCCGUGCAAUGUGCUAACCAAGGCAACGGUUUGUCCAUGUGAGAUUGUGUAUCUGAUUUCAUAAGAAAAUCUGUCCUUGAUCUGAGAAACCCUUUCUAAUGAAAGCUUUGAUAGGCAUGAUGUUGUCUCUUGUCAGGACAAAUCCAUGCUUUCAAAUGGAAAUAAAGUUGAA